AUGGGUCGGCUCGACCGGAGUGAUACCACGGCCUCACAGAAAACCGGCUACUGGCAGCAGUCUUCAGUCAGCAGCCAACAGACUACUACCACAAUCUCCACUUACCUCACGAUCCCCCCCUCCAUCCAGUUCUGGCGGUCGCUCCCCCUACUGGGUUCACCUGCCAUGGUAGAACCAGGGGGUAUUAUGCCGAUGUCCAGAGUGGAUGCCAGAAUCGGUUCUAUCAGUGUCUUCCAGAACCGGGACUUCCCGGUUCUUUCGGAACCGGGAAAAACUGGUUCCGAUGCCCUAGCAGUCACGUGUCGAGGCAGUCACUUGUCGAGGCCGUCACUUGUCGAGGCAGUCACUUGUCGAGGCAGUCACUUGUCGAGGCAGUCUCUUGCCGAGGCAGCCUUUCACUACUGCUGGCGGCAACAUUUAGUGAGCACGGAGCUCUGCGCCAACGGGACUCUCUUCAAUGAGCAGUUUCAAGUUUGCGACCAUUUCUACAACGUGCGAUGUGGAUCUCCCUACGAAGAUUUGUAA